GCUUUAAGAGGCUGCUCCGCGGCAGCGAGCGGGGCGGGGAGCCGCAGCCGGAGCCAGCGGAGCCGAGUCCAGCCGGCGGCAGGUGCACGACUGCGGGGCGGCGGCGGCGGCGGCGGCAUGACCGGCCACCACGGCUGGGGCUACGGCCACAAGGACGGCCCCUCACAGUGGUACAAGCUGUAUCCCAUUGCCCAGGGAGUCCGCCAAUCACCGAUCAAUAUCAUAUCCAGACAAGCUGUGUAUUCGCCCAGCCUGAAGCCACUGAAGCUUUCCUACGAGGGCUGCACAUCCCUCAGCAUUGCCAACAAUGGCCACUCCGUCCAGGUGGACUUCAACGACAGCGAUGAUCGAUCUGUGGUGACUGGGGGCCCCCUGGAUGGGCCCUACCGGCUCAGGCAGUUCCAUUUCCACUGGGGCAAGAUGCACAACGUGGGCUCGGAGCACAUGGUGGACGGCAAGUCGUUCCCCUGCGAGCUGCACCUGGUUCAUUGGAAUGCCAAGAAGUACAGCACCUUUGGGGAGGCGGCCUCAGCCCCCGACGGCCUGGCGGUGGUCGGUGUCUUCUUGGAGAUCGGGGCUGAGCACCCCUAUAUGAACCGUCUGACAGACGCACUCUACAUGGUUCGGUUUAAGGGCACCAAGGCCCAGUUCACCUGCUUCCAGCCCAGCUGCCUCCUGCCUGCCAGCCGGCACUUCUGGACCUACCCGGGCUCCUUGACCACACCCCCUCUGAGUGAGAGCGUCACCUGGAUUGUGCUCCGACAGCCCAUCAGCAUCUCUGAGAGGCAGAUGGAGAAGUUCCGGGGCCUGCAUUUCACCUCGGUGGACGAUGAGAGGAUCCACAUGGUGAACAACUUCCGGCCGCCACAGCCACUGAUGGGCCGUUUGGUCAAGGCCUCCUUCCGGUUCUGAGCUGCCCGGCUGCCCGGCUGGCCACCAGGACACCAUCUUCCCAAGGGCUUCCAUGUCAGCAGACACCAAACCAUCUAAGGCUCCCUGCCUGGGGGGGCUGUAGACACCCCCCCCUCUUCAGCUGGCUUGCUCCUUGGCCACCCUCCAGGCUUCUCGACGGGACCCCCACGUCAGGAGACAGUUGCCCUGGGGACAGGAAGGACAAGAGCUGAGCACGUUCCAAGCCUGGGGCUGCCUCUGCUCCCCGAGAUCCAAAGGUCCCUGGGAACCUCCUCUCGUCGUCUUCCCACUGCCAGUGGCAGCGGCCCCACCCUGAGCUCACACUGUGACGGACGAGACCGAGCUCUCCGGGGCAGGCAGCUGACAUUGCCAGAAAGGCUCAAGCAAUAAUAAUUAGAGAUGGGCACACCCUCUCGGCAUUACCUCUUCUGCAGGCCUCCGCCAUGCGCGCACCUCACUGCCAGGCCAUUAAAAAAAAAAGAAAAAAAAAAAAG